AUGCGGGUCAACCAGCUGCCUGCGCCUUUGCUGGCGCUUGUUGCAGCGCCGCUGGUUCAUGGCUUCUACCUUCCCGGUACGUCCGCCUAGCACAAACAAGACCCGACCUCAUAGCUCGGACCAUAUUGACGAGCUUGCUGUACAGGCAUAACACCAACGAACUACAAAGAAGGCGACCUCGUACCGCUCACAGUCAACCACCUGACACCAUCACAAUCUGCGCGCGAUACCCAAGUACGAUCGGCGUUCUCAUUCGACUACUACCAUAGCAACUUCCACUUCUGCGAACCGAAGGACGGGCCGCAACAUGUCUCGGAAUCACUGGGAAGCAUCCUCUUUGGGGACCGCAUUCAGACAUCGCCAUUCCAGUUGCGCAUGGCUAAGAACGAAACAUGCAAAGCAGUAUGCGAUGUGGUAGAAUUUGAACCAAGAGAUGCCAAAUUUGUGAACAGGAGGAUAUGGCAGAACUACAUAAUGAACUGGCUGGUGGAUGGACUACCAGCCGCGCAAAACUACAAGGACCCGACAACUGGGACUGAUUACUACCAACCUGGUUUCUUGCUUGGAGAGGUGGAGAACGAGCAGCCGUAUCUGAUGAACCACUACGAUAUCUUCAUUGACUAUCACGAAGUUCGGAAAGGAGAAUACCGCGUUGUGGGCAUUCUGGUCGAGCCAGCUUCGCGAAGGAACUCGAAACGAACAGGCAAAGGAGAGGACAUGUCUGCAGAUUGCGGAGAGGGCGGAUCAGCUCUGGCACUGUCGGAGAAGGAUCCUACCAAAGUGACCUGGACCUACAGCAUCUACUGGAGGCCCUCACCAACCUCGUUCGCGACCCGAUGGGACAAAUACCUCCACGUUUUCGAUCCGAAGAUCCACUGGUUCUCGUUGAUUAACAGUGCGGUUAUUGUGAUGUUCUUGAUCGGAAUGGUCAGUACUAUCCUGGUCAGGACUCUCAGGAAGGACAUUGCGCGCUACAACCGCCUCGAUCAGCUCGGCUUGGAUGAUCUGAAUGGGAACAGUGCCGAAGAUGGCAUUCAGGAGGACAGUGGUUGGAAGCUUGUCCAUGGCGACGUCUUCCGCCCACCAAAGCAUUCCUUGGCACUGUCAAUCCUGGUCGGCAAUGGCGCGCAGCUCUUCAUGAUGGCCGGUUUCACAAUUGCUUUUGCUGUGGUCGGAUUCCUUUCGCCGAGUAACCGCGGUAGUCUUGCGACGGUCAUGAUUCUCCUUUACACCUUCUUCGGCUUUGUUGGAGGCUACAUCAGCUCUCGGGUCUACAAAUCAUUCCAGGGCACCAAGUGGAAGCAGCUGUUUGUCUGGACACCCACUGCUGUCCCUGCUGUUGUCUUCGCUACCUUCUUCCUUCUCAAUCUGUUUGUCUGGGCAAGACAAUCCUCCGGCGCAGUACCUUUCACCACUAUGCUUGUCAUUGUCGGCAUCUGGUUCGUCAUCUCCGUCCCGCUCUCUGUUGCCGGAUCCUGGAUCGGUUUCCGCCAACCUAUGGGAGAUGCGCCCACUCGGACCAACCAGAUUCCUCGGCAAAUCCCUCCUUCGCAGGGCUACCUUCGCCUCGUACCCAGCAUGCUUCUCGUCGGUGUCCUUCCCUUUGGAGCCAUAUUUGUCGAGCUCUACUUCAUCAUGAGCUCGCUCUGGAGUAACAGGAUCUAUUACAUGUUUGGAUUCCUCUUCCUGAGCUUUGGCCUCUUGAUCGUCACGAGCGCGGCGGUCACAAUCCUCAUGAUAUACUUCCUCCUCUGUGCCGAAAACUACCACUGGCAAUGGAGGGCAUUCGCUAGCAGCGGAGCCAGUGCGCUGUACGUGUUUGCGUACAGCUUCCUUUACUGGGCCAGGAUGCUCAGCUUCAGCUCCUUUACGGGUGGAUUGCUGUACAUGGGAUACUCAGUGCUGCUGAGUCUGCUAUGGUUCUUACUAAGUGGUAAGUCUGGAGGUUUAAUUCCGAAGGCAUGUUGAACGUGUGCUAACUGUUGAACAGGCUCCAUAGGAUUCUUCGCAUGCUGGUUGUUUGUGCAUCGGAUAUACGGUUCUCUCAAAAUUGACUAG